AACAGCAAUCAAGAAUCUACCCCCAAUGAACAAGCACCAACUCAAGAAAACCAACUAGGGCAACUAUACCAACAAACCGAAAGAUAGCAAGCUCAUGAAACUACAGACUAUUUCCAACAUCUCGUUCGACAGCAAGGAGCCCAACAAUCGAAAAAGCAUCCCCACUGGAACAUUGACAUGAUGUCCCAGCAUCAGGAUGGCACAGCAACCACUUCCAAACAACCACAACAAACAGAUCAAAAUCAGGGGGCUACAACGACAACCGAUGGCGAACAGGAGGAGGAGCAGAAGAAAUUAGAUGGGCUUGUCCAAAAUCUCAGGGCGGUCUACCGAACCUACCAUCUAGAAUGGAUUGAACACUGCGAGGCGAUGGACCGGCUCCGGCUCCGACUAACUCGAAAGAAACGACCAACGCUGACCCCAGUCACGACGAGCGCAGACAUCUCUGCUGGAAUACCUGUCAGCGAAUCAGUCGGAAGUACAACCAAUGGCGGUGGAAAUCAAUCAUCCAAUUCGGCUGGGAUCACGAGCUCCUUGACGGCCACUGGUCGGACGACCCGUCGGACGGCCAACUUUAGCACCUUCGGAAUAGGAGAUGCUGUCACCGACGCCCAGUUCGAUCUCGUACUCGCUCAACUCGGUACGGCUGAUCAGAAGGACCCCAAUAUCAGAGCAAUGAAAACUACCGCAAACGUCCCAGAUAUGGCUCUCCUACCCAACCAUCGACUCAUCUCAAUCUCAGAUGAUGAGAACGAUACCCUGGUCACCGAUCCCAUCAGCUUCUACGAACUUAGCCAACCCGAUAGGGACCCAAACCCAGAACCAUCAACUUGGACCAUUCAAGAACAAGAAGCUUUCGAGAAGAGUUAUACCGCUCAACCUAAACAAUUCGGAUGGAUUGCUUCUCAGGUCAAGACUAAGAAUCGAGCAGAAUGUGUGAUUCACUACUACCGCACCAAACGAGAGAAUAAGUAUCGUAACCUCCACCUACCCCCUCAGCCGGUCGUCGAAGGUAAACCUCGUGAACUUCGUGGUAAACGCGCUCGGAGGGGCCCAUGCAAAACACCUACUACAGCUGAUCCUCCUACCCCCUCCUCACUCAAACCCAAAACAACCAAGUCGACCAUCUCAGAUCUCGUCCCACCACCCGGAGAUGAACCGGAUGACGAAUCGGUCUAUCAGUCUGAACCGACACCCAAAACAUCUAUCGCUCCAGACCCAUCAUCAUCAUCAUCACUCAAUAAUCUCAGUAGUAAUCAUACGGAAGAUCGUCUGAAUGCCGAUCUGCGUCGGAUGUCGUUCGAUAAUCGCUCGAUCCAAACCAACCAGGCCAGCGAAACUGACCUUUCUACAACUAACACCAAUCUAGUCACAUCAUCAACUCAUCGGAAUCCAGCCACCUCAAGUUUCUCAGGACCCUCAGCACCCCAGUCGAUGGUGGACUCCUCCGAGAAAAACUUGAUCAUAUCUAGUGCUCGUGCUGAGCUCAACAACAUUUCCACUCGAUCGACUGAAUACAAUCCAUCAAGCGCCCCCAAGAACAAAACUUCAUCCGAGAAUACUCCGCUGAAAUCAGUCGAUUCGAAUCCAGCUUCCUCUGCUGCAUCACUUCCACCCAAAAUUAACGGACAACAACAAGCUGCAGAUCCACCAACUCCACAUCCACCAAAAUUGCCGCCUCGGGCUUACAAGAAACGAAAAGUACACGCGAUCGACAGUAGCAGUAGUCGUCCAGUACCGCCAGCAGAACCGCCGAUUCUAGUGGAUCCCACUCCUCCCUCUAGACCUGAUGCUCGCACUUUGAAUACUAUUACAUCUUCUGGCUAUGACAAUUCUUCAGAAAAUUUUGUUUCCGCCCAUCCUCCACCUAAUGAAAGUGAUCGGGUUCCUAAUAAGACCAACGGCCUCCUUGGAUCCCGCCAAGCCACUGGGCUCGAGCAGAUUUGUUCUUCAACAACACCAGUUGCAAUGGACGUUGACGAACCGGAGGCCAAAAAUGCACAACCCAAGGUACCCGAAGCAGCCCCGGUAAUCAGGUCGUCGAUGCAAAUUAAGAAUCUGUUGAACGACGAUCCGGUUGAGCUUUCUGUAACAAUGUCGAAUAUGGAUGCAAGCGCCUGGUUUGGGAACGACUCGCAAGAUCCGACGCCGACCGAAGAGAUCCCUGAACCUAGCCCAGCUAAGCCACCGCUGAAGCUGCCCCCGGUGGACCGGACACUCCUGCCACCCCCUGCAGGUCAUUAUUACCACCCAUCAACAACACUUCCAAGACCACUGUCCCAACCGUUAUCCCAGCCUUCUUUUCAAGCCCUACCUCGCCCUUUGUCUCGCCCACUCUCCCGUCCAUCUAGCCAUGCAAGUCUUGCCCAGCAACCGAGCAGCUCUAGCCUACCCCCUUCGCAUCGACUAGCGCAUAAUCCACCCGAAUUCUCCCCCGCUCCUCCUCCUCCGAAUGACUAUCUUCCCGGCCGACAGUUUGAAGGGAUGAAUAUCGAUGAACGGUUUGCCGAUCCACCUAGUUCACCCGGCUCGCCCUCCGCAGGUGUUUACGCCAACAGGAUGUCCACUCGUGGCCUCCCCGAGCCCGACCCCUCCUCCAAGGCGAUGACUGGCGCCAGCAGGAGCUCUCUGUCUUAUCAGAUGAAGUACGAGCGUGGGUUCCCCGGGCAUGAUCGGCCGCACUACUCCGAAUACUAUCCACCGCCGCCUCCACACUCAGUGCCCUCGACAUCGACACUUUCCUCGCUCGUCCAACCUCCUCUACCCCCAACCUCCUCCUCCCAAUCCCCCCGUCCCCCAAACCUUCCUCACUUCUCCACCCCCUCCCAUUCCACCUCCCCUCGCCCGGGCCAUCCUCAUCUGUCCUUAGGAUACCCUCCGCAUCCCGCAGGAUCCCAAUCCUCUGCAUCUUCCUCUUCCUCUCAGCAACAGCAGCAACAGCAGCAACGUCACAGGAGCGGCUCUGUGCUCCGCUCACCCUCUUCCACUCGUGGACCGCUCCCGUCGGCCGGCUCGUUCGCUACUCAUUCUCCCGGCCUCGGUAACCGGUUCUCUAAUAAUCGGCUGCCUCCUAUUCCUUCUUCUCUCAACACCCACAAUCGACUUAGUCACCAUCUCCCCCCUCCUGAGCCCACUCAGCUCUCCUCUUCUUGGCAUACUUCCCCUCCUCCUAAUCUCCACCUUCCUCCUAGCUUCGAUCCUGGGCCCGAUCGUAAGCCGGGCUGGAACCAACAGCAUCAGCAUCACCAACAGCAGCAGCAACACCAUCACCAGCAGCAGCAACAGCAUCAUCAGCAGCAGCAGCAGCAACAUCAGCAACAUCAGCAUCAUCAGCAUCAGCAGCAACAACAACAGCAGCAACAGCAGCAACAACAGCAACAACAGCAACAGCAACAGCCACAACAGCAGCAGCAGCAACGGGAGAAACAAUAUCAGCAGCAGCAUUACCAGCAACAACAACUGCGCGAUCAACAGCACCCAAAGCAACCGCUCCUUCAUCAGCCCCAUCAUCAUCAUCACCUCAUCCACUCACAGGCAUUUUCUUCUUCCUCUCCAGGGACUCAAGAGCCACAACAACAACAUCAUCAUCAUCAUCCUUACUCCCUUCACCACCAUCAUCACCCUAAUCAUUACCAUCUCAACCAUUCAAUCAAGGCCCCUCAUAGACCUUCCACUGACUCCUCCGAGCCUGGCUCGCCUGGCCACUCUAAUAUCCCUCCCCCUAAUCCCUCUUCUACCGCCAACUCGAAUUCUCUCAGUGGGUCGGGCAGUCGCAAAAUUAUCGAUCAAUGGACCGAUCGGUGAUCUCUUCUUGUUCAAUUCUUCUUCUUCUUCUUCUUCUUUUCUUUCCUUUUCUUUGUAGAGCAGCGGCUUUUCUAUUGCUUUGUUUAGAAAAUCAUCUUGGCUGGGUUCUUAUUAUAUACCUUC